AUGGCUGCAAAGAUUCUUUGUGUUGCAGAGAAACCUUCGAUUGCCAAAGCUGUAGCUAAUCAUUUAGCUGGGGGCAAUGCUCAAGCGGCAAAUACUCGCAACAAAUACAUCAAGAAUUACUCAUUCACCUUCGAUUUUGGUGGACAAUGGGGUAAUUGCAAUGCGGUUAUGACUUCGGUCAUGGGGCAUCUUACCUCUCUCGAUGUUGCUCCAACUCACAAAGGUUGGACUGACCCUCCACCCCAAGAACUCUUUUUUCGAGCCAAGGUCAUCGAAUCUGUUGCUGAGGAUAAGAAAGAUAUCGCACAGAAUAUCGAGGCUCAGGCAAGAGGAGCUAAGGCUCUUUUCAUAUGGACUGAUUGUGAUCGUGAGGGAGAGCAUAUUGGCGGUGAAGUGAGAGCUCAAGCACUCAAAGGCAACCCACGAAUUGAGAUCAAGAGGGCAAGGUUCAGUAAUAUUGAGCGAGCGCAUGUAAUUCAAGCAGCUAAAAAUCCAGUCGAUUUAGAUCAACGUCAAGUAGACGCUGUGGCUGCUCGUAUAGAACUUGAUCUAAGGAUUGGGUAUGCAUUCACACGAUUUCAGACAACCAACCUUCAAAAGUUAGGAGGGCCACUAGCAAAAAAAAUGUUGAGCUACGGUUCUUGUCAGUUUCCCACUCUUGGUUUCGUCGUUGAUCGAUAUUUCAAAGUAAAGAACUUCGUACCCGAACCAUUCUGGAGCAUCAAGGUUACACACAGUCGCGACAAUAUGAAUGUCAUCUUCAAUUGGAAGCGCAAUCGUCUAUUUGACCGAGCAGUUGUGAUCAUAUUAUUUGAACGUUGUCUUGCUGCAAAAAUUGCUAAAGUCACCAAGGUACAGGAGAAACCGACUAGCAAGUGGAAGCCUCUUCCUCUAACUACCGUCGAGCUACAGAAAGCUGCUAGUCGUUGGCUGAAUAUGAACAGUCAGGUGGCGAUGACUGCAGCAGAGAGCCUAUACACAAAAGGUUUUAUUAGUUAUCCGAGAACGGAGACUGAUCGAUUCGACAAAGGUAUGAAUUUGAGAGCGCUAGUUGAAAAGCAAGUUCAAGAUAAUCGAUGGGGACCAUUUGCUCAGAAUUUGGUAAAUGGAGGAUUUCAUUGGCCUCGAGAAGGCCGAAAUGAUGAUAAGGCACAUCCGCCUAUUCAUCCUGUGACAUACGUUGCAUCCACUGCUUUGAGGCCAGAAGAAGCUCGGGUUUACGAAUUUGUUGUUCGGAGGUUCCUAGCCUGUUGCUCAGAAGAUGCUAAAGGGCAGGCAACUGACGUGGAGCUUGAAUAUGGAGAGGAAACUUUUCACACGCAUGGACUAGUCGUGCUGGCAAAAAACUAUCUGGACGUUUAUGUUUACGAGAGAUGGAAUAGCAGUACAACACUGCCAAAAUUUACCCUUGGGGAAAGAUUUGAACCUGACGAGGCCAUGAUCACGGAUGGGAAAACAACAGCUCCAGGGUAUUUAACCGAGCCUGAUCUUAUUGCUUUAAUGGACGCAAAUGGAAUCGGGACUGAUGCAACUAUGGCCGAGCAUAUUGCUAAAAUCAAAGAGCGUGAAUACGUGUUUACAAGGCCCAAGGCAGGUGGGGCCGCCGCCGGAAAUAAUGAUGACAACACGCCAGCUGCAGGCCGAGGAGGACGUGGCGGACGCGGUGGAAGGGGUGGAAGAGGGGGUAGAGGGGGAGCUGUAGCUGCAGAUGCGGGGGGCAGAGGUGGAGUGGAAGAGUUCAUCCCGACCACACUUGGAGUCGCCCUAGUGGAAGGCUAUGAUAACAUGGAGUUUGAAGUCAGCCUCAGCAAGCCGUUUCUGAGAAAACAGAUGGAGCUCAAGAUGAAAGCCAUUUGUGAAGGACAGAAUACACGUCAGGCCGUUGUUCAGGAAAGUUUAACGCAAUAUCAUCGGGUGUUUCUUGACUCCACGGAGAGGUUAAGUGUUUUGAAAGCAGCAUGUAGAAAAUAUGUACUUAAUGGUGGAGCUGGGCGUUAG